UCGUAGCCUUUUAGACUUCGGCACUUUUAUCUUUGAACCAUGUAAUAAGGCAGCGCUUACCGUAUUAGAACGCAUCCAAGUGAGGGCUCUUAGAAUAGUCACCGGGGCCAUGAGACCGUCCCCAAACAGAGCCGUUCAAGUAGAAUGUGUGGACCCGCCACUAGAUCUGAGACGGCAACUACUUGCUGAUCGCUUUUUAUUUGGAAUCUCUGCCCUAUCGUCCCACCCAUUACUUCCAAAAAUUCGACUUCUUCAAUUAUACUCGUCCAGUAAAGCUUACUGGCGCAAUAAAGAAAAACCUAGAUUAGUCAACAGCCUGGAGAGACUAGCCGCUCUCAGGCCCCCUAUUAUGAAAUCUUCUUCUCUUCCUAUUUAUUCCGUUCCUUUCGAGGCCCUCACACAUUCUUCCAAGGUAAUAACUAAUAUUGGUAUCGAUAAGGAAUCUCCGUUGGCUAACUCAAUUUUCUCUAAAUUUGUUAUCAAUCACUUCCCCUCUUACCGGCUCUUUUUUACUGAUGCGUCCAAAUUAACGGAUCAAGGAUGUGUGGGAGCGGCCUUUCUCCUUGCUAACUCACAUAUCAUGGCUAAAUUCAAACUUCCCCCCGAAGCGUCUGUAUUUUCUGGUGAAUGCUUGGCCCUCUUAAAAGCUCUAGAAUAUAUUUAUACCCAUAAACUCUCCAAAUCAGUUAUUUUCUCAGACUGUCUCAGCGCACUUCAAUCCAUUUCUUUGCGCCCUUUUAAGAAUUUUGCAUGCAAAUACCUUACCUGCCAACUAAAACACUUGUCGUACAAAUGCCAUUCGGCGGGGUUGGAGGUUGUUUUUGUUUGGAUCCCUAGCCACUCUGGUAUAGUAGGUAAUGAGAGGGCGGACAAAGCAGCCAAAGAGGCUAUUCUUGAUGGCGAUGACUCUUUUUAUAAAAUAUUCCAACCAGAUGCUCUGAGCCUUCCUUUUAAUUUCAUGAGGAAAAAAUGGUCUCUCCGCUGGUCCCGAGCCAAGAAAUGUUUCUAUUCAGAAAUUCAGUCAACCAUUCCAUCUCGUCCAUGGUUUUUCAAAAAUAGAUCACUCUCUAAAAGGCACACCAGUAUCAUCAUUAGACUUAGAUUGGGCCGAGUCUGCUCAUCUGAGCAAUUAUACAUUUUUAAAAAGAAAGAUUCUCCCAUGUGCGAUUGUGGAAACGAAGUAGGCAAUAUCGAUCAUAUUUUCUUUAAUUGUCCGAUUAAUAACAAACCCCCUGACCUAUAUUCAUGUCUGCCAAGACUUAACGUACCGUUACCCGCUAAUAUGGCCUCACUUUUAUAUCUAACUGAUAGCAAAAAAAUUAUGUGCGCCGUAAGCAAAUUCAUGACUAAUAACAACAUAAAACUAUAAAUACAUACGCACACUUUAUGUUUAUUAUUAUUAAUGCUCCAUGUGCUUUAAAUGUCUCAUUUUUCGAUCAAAUGGUUCAAAAUUGGUGGUGGUUUAUGUUAAAUUGUGUUCGUUGUAAUUUGUUCCAGGUAUUACACAAAUUACCGAUAUCCUUAUGUUGGACUUCUUAUGAUCUUCCCUCAUGUCAGCCGUGUGAAGCUCGAUACUCGUUUUUGGCAGAAUUGUGCUUAACUGCGCGGUAGCCAUAGACAAAAGAGUGAAAGUGAAAUGAAGGCUUCAAUGUUUUGUUCGGGUAUUUCGUGCAAUUUCUUUAUUAUUUAGUGAAAAUAUCGAAAAUAGUGAACCGUAAUCAGAGUAAAGAACGAGUUUGGUUGUUGCCACCGAGAAAACGGUUUACUAAGUGUGAAAUAUGUGGCAAGCGAGCCACUCGAGAAAAUCACGAAAAAAGGGAUUUUAUGGCGAAAUUUCCCUUGGAUAAAGACCGAUGCAGGCAGUGGGUUAAAUUUGUUGGGAACGAAGACCUGAUACAUCUUCCCAUAGAAAAGUUACAUUUAUUGAAACAUGUAUCUGCAGAUCAUUUUGAAAAAGUGCUUUUAAUAAAAAAAAUUAAGAAAAAAAAUAGUGAAGGAUUUUAUAAUUACAUUCUGAGUGUAACGAGGUAUUCCAAAAUAGAAUCCUAGCGUAGUGAGGGAUUCAAAAGUGUUAACGCCUAUGGGUGGUAUUCCACCUAUGCAAUUUCUUUGUCCAAUGUGUAUUGCGUCUCACAUUUUGAUUAAUGACAGAGUGAGACGCAAUGACAUUGGACCAAGAAAUUGGAUAGGUGGAAUACCACCUUAAGGUGGAAAUAUUUUUGCUACCACGUGAUAAAUUUACAUACUGCUUUUCACAUCACCUAUGAGGAAAUUAUUAUGGUACAAAUAACUA